GACAUUGAUCUUUCUCCAAACGCGCGCAACCCUUCUCGGUGGUCGAAGAAAUUAGGGUUUUCAUAACCCUAGGGUUUACCUUCCCCUUCCCCAUUCCCCAUUCCCAAAGCAAAAUCGAAACUUGGCUCCGAUUUCUCACUUACCCGAUUAUAAAUUGCAUAACGAAGAACAAAAAGAAGAAACGUUGAUUGGCGAUAAAAGGAAAAACCAUGACCGGAAAAGCGAAGCCGAAGAAGCACACGGCGAAGGAGAUCGCGGCGAAGAUUGACGCCGCCACCACCAAUAGAGGCGGGGGAAAAGCUGGUCAGGCGGACCGGUCCGGCGUGGAGAAAGGUGGGCACGCAAAAUUUGAGUGUCCACAUUGCAAAACGACAGCGCCUGAUCUGAAAUCGAUGCAGAUUCACCACGAUGCACGUCACCCUAAGAUCCCUUUUGAGGAAGCGAAGCUCGUGAACCUUCACGCAAGCCACGUUGGCGAAUCGUCGUCGUCGUCGUCGUCGUCGUCGUCGUCGAAGCCUCGACCCGGUAUUCGCGGAAGCUUCAAGAAAUGAUCAUGAUCUCGCUUUUAUGGCCCCUUCAUUCAUAGAUUUGACUCCUCGUUUUUUCCUUUUUUUUUUUCUCUCCAAGUUGACGUUUUUAGGGGGUUAUUAAGUAAUUCAGGACGUGGGUAUGCUUAGUACCUUUUGUUCUUGUCUUUUUGGGGGUUAUGAUGCAUUUUAGGUGUGAAUGUGAUGCUAUGUAUGAAGUGGCAAAGAAGGGGUUUUGGUGGGAAUGGGAUUGACUUGUGUUGCUAAUUGGGCCCUUCUUUUUAAGCCUGAAAUGUAAAUUGUUCCCUAUAAUGGCAGUAAUGUUGUUGAGCUACUACCCUGUGUUUAUUUAUAAAUUUUAUUGGGGGGGCCGGUUCUUUUACCUUUUGUUCAUUGAUUUUGGGUUUAUAAUGAAUCAAUGGGAAUAAAAUUUGGUAAAAUUCCUGUGAUGUUUUGAUGUUGUAUUUAGAUUUGAGGUUCGUUUCAUGUGAAUGGUUGAUGUGGUUCUUUUGGUUCAUUUGGUAGGAUUGAGAUAUUUGUCCAGAAGGAUAAUCAGUUUUGGUUCAAUUAAAUACCAGUAAGAUAAAUAAUAAUCCUUCAAUGAACAUUUAAUAUAAGAUAAAUCUCUAUUCUGGAUAAAUUAACUUGUGCAAACAUUUUUUUGCUCAGUUUCUUAAUUAGAUAUGUCCUGUUUGCUUUGAUUCAGAAGAAGCUUAGCAAGUUUUCAAUCUCUAUUUCGUUGUUUGAUGGUGGUUUCUAAUCUACGGCAACGCUCAUCUUCCUUCUUAUUAUGUUAACCUUUGUCCUUUGUGGCCUUGAUAUUGGUAAUUGUAUUUGGGUAGGGUUACAUGAUGUUUAUCUUGAUCGAUCUGUUUGAAGCCAAUGGAUUGAAAUUAUGAUGAGUGCUAUUGUUUGGUUGGAAUUAGAUAUAGUUUUCUAAAUGUGGGUGUACGAUCAUGACCUCUAUAUCAAUAUUUCUGCAAAAAUUGAUUGAAAUUUUACUAUGGUGAUGGCUUUUGGUUUUUUGAGUUUUAUUAGGCUUUGUGAGAGAGUUAGUUUGUAAGGGAAAAUGAAGACUUAUGUGAUGAUUAUCUUUCUAUAAGAGUUUUUAGUUUAGAGUGGAGGGUUUAUAAACUCUAAAAUUCUCUUAAUCUCAUAUUUUUAAGCUUUCCAAAUUUGAGAGGUUUUGUGUUAACCCUCCUUCUCUUCCUUCUCCACCCAUACUUUUUAAACAUUUUCCAUUACAUUUUCCUUUCCUCUCCCUUCAAUCUUUCAAACAAAGCCUCGAGUUCAGUAUUUCCCUGGUUUCUUCAUUUGAGAAAGGUUGCAAAGACAUUUGUUGCUGGGGUCUUACUUCCUGCACAUAGUUGCAUGCUGGUUUAGUUUAAUUACCGUAAACUGCUUCUGUUUUCGUUGCUGAGCAGGAUAUAUUGUUGCUUAGUUUAUUAUGGCCACAAUGACUCAUGUUCAAUUUUAGUUUUAGAGCAUUGAUUCUCUCUUCAAUUCUAGUUUUAUAAAAAUUUUAUAUGCUGUAUUAUAACAUAUGAUGUCUUGCAGUUUUUAACAUUUGUUGUUAUCUUAUGUUCUAUCCAUAUACUCUCUAGGUUCUGUGAGCUUGGAAAGAG